CUCAGACGUCACUUGAGUUAACUCCGGACCCGCCAAUUUCAAUCCGGGAAAAGAACGUAGUGUCGGUAAAGAAUCAAUAUGUGGAAUGAUAUUGAGCUUUUAGCCAGUGAUGAUACUGGUAGUUGUCGUUUGAGCAUAGAUUCAAGGCAGGAAAGUGGAACCUCCUUAUACCAAGUAGACACAUUACUUAAAAUUUCUUCAUCUGAAAAGGUGUCACUCAAUCCAAAACUUUUUGCCUGCAAUUCUAGUGAAGGGUGCAUAAUUGUAGUGGACAGACAUGUAUCUCUUCUUGAUAGUAUUUGCCAGUCAUUACAGCUGCAAAUACAGUUUGAUACUGAAGUUGAUGUUGUUGGUCUGUGCUGUGAAGGGAAGUUUCUCGUGGUUGGAGAAAGAAAUGGGAAUAUUCACCUUAUCCAUGUACUGUCAAGGAAAACUUUGAUUACUAAAACUCUUGUUCAAAGUGCACCAAAUGGAAAUAAGCAAACAUAUCAACACCUCCUAUUGGAAAAAGACUCCUCAGAUGAAGGUGUGUAUCACAUGUUUGUUUUGACAAAUGGAGGGCUCUUCUGCAUUAUGUACUUCCAUCUUGAAAGAAUUAAUGAAGCAAUUGAGCACAUGGACAUAGGAACUGCCAAAGAGCUAGAAGGAAAAAUCAAGACCAGCUUUAUUUCAACAGAGGAAUAUCACACAGAUGGUUGUUUGAGUUUUGUGGUUGGUGAUCUGACAAGUGACAUCCAUCUUAUUAUAGGGGGAAAAGGUGACUAUGUGCUUUCUAAAUGGAAGAUGAACAAUAUUAAAAAAAACAUAGGAAUUCAAAAUCUUGCUGACUCAAGUAUGAUUAAAGGGGCAAGAACAUUUAAAUUCCUGGACAAUCUGCUGUUUGUUUUGGAUGAGGAUGAUAUUUUGAGUGUUUGGGAUAUUUACACAUUAGUUUUGAUAUGGGAUUGGCCAUCCUGCCGCAUAUCUGAUUUUUUGCUAACAACAGAAGGAGACUCUUCAACUUCAGUUACACGGCAGCGAGAUGCAAACCUUAAAUUGAUUGCACUGACCAUUCCUAAUGACAAACAGAUGAGAAAUCUUGCAGUUUAUUCUUUACCGUCCAUGAAUCUCUUAUAUUCAGUUGAAGUGUCUGAUAUAUCUACACUUGUUCAAAUGGGAAUCAGCAUGGAUUCAAUUUACCUCCUAGAAGGAGUUUAUGAUAGUAAUGAAAGGUCUACUGAUAACAUUGUCUCAGUCCUGGCCUUGAGAUGCCUGACAGAAGCAUUACCGGAAAACAGGUUAAGUCGUUUACUCCACAAGCAUAAAUUUGAUGAAGCCGAAAAAUUUGCUAUCCAGUUUGGGUUGGACGUUGAGCUUGUCUACAAAGUCAAGCUGAAUAUUGUACUAGAGAGACUGGCAUCUGCUUCAAUUGGAAGUUAUGGACAGAGUCUCUGGGAGGAACUUGUGGAUGAAGCUAAAGCAAAUUUGCAUAAAAUAAAGGAUGAUAAUUUUGUGGUCGAGUAUUGCAUCAAUGCCCCAUGGCCAUCAUAUGAAACAACUUUGGAUAUGCUUAAUUAUGCAAAGGCAAGGAUUCAGAGGAAAGAGGAGAAGACACUUCCAUCAAUGUUGGAUGAUGUUCCAGUGUCUAUUACAGAUGUGCUGAAAGCACAGGCUAGACUGACUACUUUUUAUGGAGCUUUUGGGCCUGAUAAAUUCAGUGGAAUAGCGUGGAUAGAGUUCUUAAACAAUGACGAUGUAUUGAAAGACAUAUUUUUUCAGUUAGAGGAAAUUAAUUUGCCUUGUGCACAAUAUCUCUGGUUGAGACAUCAGAGUGAAUUUGAAAACAAGUUUGAUGAAAGGAUGUUAGAGAAUCUUCUAAAUGUGAUUCCAGCAAAUAUUCAGUCACAUGAAUUGUGCCUGUGGUUUAAGAAUAUCCUGAUUCCAUUUGUUAGGAGGAUUGUUCCAAAAGGACAGAAAAUCAUUGCAAAAUGGCUUGAACACAGGGCACGAAGCCUAGAACUGACUGAUAAGGUUAACUGGCCUGAAAACGGAUAUGAAAUGGCAGAAGCGUAUUUUGUAUCCAAGAAUCCAGGAGAUCUUGGGAUAGCAUCAUCGUGGCUUUGGAUUCCUUUGAAGGAAGACGGUGACUGUGAGGAAGUACAUCAGUUAAUGAAGCUUGUAACUAAUCUACAAGAAUUAGUUGACCUCUACAGAAAAUAUAAUUGCAAGCUUGCACUUUCUGAAUUUGAAAAGGAAACCACGACGACUAUUGUUUUUCGCAUGCUGGAUAGAGUUUUAGCUCCAGAGCUCAUUCCAGUAACCUUAGAAAAAGUUAUCAGACCAUACAUGUAUCAGCACAACCUUCAAGAGGAAGAGCUACUACUUCAGUAUAUUAAGGAUUUACUUGAACGCUGCAGUUCUCGGUCUGCAUCAUUUUUUGAAACUGCAUGGGAAGCUAAAGCAAUGGCAGUGCUAGGUUGCAUGACUGAUACUGAUUUAAUAUUUGAUGCUGUGCUUCAGAUUAUGUAUGGAGCUAUUUUACCUUGGAGUGAUGCAGUUGAACAACUUGUAAAACAACAUUUGGAAAUGGACCAUCCAAAAGUGAAGCUACUACAGGAAAGUUAUAGACUGAUGGAAAUGAAUAAGCUGCUUCGUGGUUAUGGAAUUAGGGGCUAUAAUUUUGCAAAUGAGAAACAUAUAAUGGGUUUGGUAAAGUAUAUUCUUAAGCAAGAUGCAUCUACAUCUUUGGAGGAUGCUUUAAAGAUUGUGCAAGCAUACAUGUUACCUACUGUUGAAGUCUACAUCUUUAGAAUUGUGCAGUUGAUUUAUAUGAAAAGGGGAGAGGAAUGUCUGAAUCUUUUGAAAUCACUUUCCCCACCUGAAACAGAAAUAACAGUUGAAAGAUUGUCAUUAUGGGCAAGGAUAGCACUGCAGGAGAAUCCUGGUAAUUCAGAAGAGAAUAAAGAAGACCAAAAGAUGAUAGCAAAAACAAUUGUAGAGAUUCUGAAAUUUCAGUUGUGUGUUCAAAAAGAAAAUCUUCUGAAGACUGAAAUUUGUGAAAGCAACUUACAAAUGUUUGAGGCAAUUUACAAUUUACAGGAAGACUUUGAUAUUUUCCUUUCCUUAGAAGAAUAUGAAAAUAGACAGUUAGUGUCUGAACUCAGAGAUGAACACAUACGAGCCUAUGAGACUACAAAAUCAAAGUCAAAAUCUGAAAAGACACCAGAGCAGAAUCAACCUCCAGAUGAAAACAAAAAAAUACCAUCCACUGAAUCCAGACUGUAUAGACUUGCACUGCUUCUUCAGGUCACUGAGCAAGAGUUGGGAGCAGAAUUGGCCUUAAGGGCUAUUGCUGUUGGUAAAGUUGAGAAGUCACUGCAGAUAUGCAGAGAUUUAUAUGAACACCACUGUAAUCCACAAACUGGACAUUUACUUUAUCUUGUUUCACUAAAAUUAUGUCAGAUGUUGGAGGCAAAUAUUCCAAUGGUUAUUCCCAUAGGAAUGAACCUUCCUGUCAUCAUUUACCAGCUUUCUUGUCAAGCAUCCACAAUCUGCAGCCCAGAUCUCCUGUUAGACGCAUUGGAAUUGUGUAAAUAUACUCAAGCAGCAAUGGAGUUUUAUAAGCAAUGCCAAAUUGAAGAUUAUGGGUUUAUGACCAAAAGUGCCACUUUUGGAGCAGAUAGAGACAAUUAUGAAGAGUGGACUUAUCAGGAUUUCUUUAACGAAGAUGGUAUUGUCCUUGAUCCUUUGGUUGUGUUGCCAGUCGCUUACAAUAUAACUACUGCUGUGGUACCAUGUACUGCUGGUAAAAAGAUGUAUCCUUUGGAUUGUGCAAGUGUGGCAAAUUGUCCAUAUACCAAAGGAGAGAGUUUACUAUCUCGCACUAAAACUCCAACAUUUACACUGUUGGAAAAUCUGCAAGAAUGCAGUCAGUGUGAACUCACCUUGCGUCUUUUAAUUCAAGCUUUUGGAUCAUGCCUUCAGCAUGGUGUUUCUAAUAAUAUGGAUAAGCAAUUGAGUAUGAAGUUGCAUGAUGAAAAGUUACUGGCAGAUACUGAAACAUUUAUUUCCAUAUUUGGAGAGAAAACAAUCUCUCUUAUUAAGGACACUGCAAUGGCAUUAUUACACAAGGUUUUCAAUUGUCGGGUGGUUGAUUGUGACCUUGCAUUGGGUUACUGCACCCUCAUUUGUAAAAAUGAAAUUUUUCCUAAGCUUUGGGAUGUUAUAAACAACACAUGGCAAAAUUAUAGCAAGGUUCUGGCCAUAGCUGUGGUUGGAUCACAUCUUGCCCUUUUAUAUAAUGAAUAUGAAGAAAGGAAAAAAUUUCAAGAAUUGAUUAUGGAUGCAGGAUGGGGAAUCCAGCUCAGUACUUUUGGAAUUUCAUUCCAGUCUGUGUUUAGACAUUGUUCUGAGAGGAAGAGAGAACUAAUUGGGACUUUAGUACAAAAUUCAAAUGUAGACACAGCACUUUUAUUGAAAUAUUGCAGUACAUUCAAUCUGGACAGUGAUGCUGCCCUCCAACUUUAUAUAGAAACUCUUCUUCUCUCUUGUUCAACCUGGAAACCUGGGGAUGGUGAUCUCUCUCUGGAUCCCAUUAAACUGACACAUUCGGAGUUAGUUACCAAAGCGAAAGGCAUUAUUCCCAUGUUAAAAAGCACACAAGAUCUGGUUAUCAGUCUCGCUGGCAUACUGCAAAAGCUUGACCCCUAUGAUUAUGAAACUAUCGAGGGAUUACUUCAGGUUAUAAUUGCAGCCGAUGAGAAAAAUACCAAUCUCCAGCUCAACCAGGCUUUGGGACUAGUAAAUCACCUAAAAUCCUAUAAAAGAAUUGCACCUCCUUCUGAUUUGGAGCACCAGUAUAUUCUGGAGAAUGGUAUUGCAAUGUCACAUGCUGCUCAGACCAGGCUUCCUUUUCAUUUGCUUUUUUUCACAACUGCUAAGAGUUUUUGGCACAUAAUAUCUGCAGAACUUAGUGAAGAAUCAUUCCCAACUCUGUUGCUUAUUUCAAAACUAAUGAAGGUGUCUCUAGAUACAUUGUACAUGACAGCUGUCAAACAUAUUUUUGAAAAGAACUUGCUGCCUAAAGCGUUGAUACAGAAAAAAUCACUUUGUUCAUCUCUAAUUAAUAAGGAUACGGCUAAAACUGUUAAGACCGUUCAGUCUUAUCUGCAGUCUAUCAGUAACCCUGAGUGGGCUGCAGCAAUUGCUCAUAGGAUUGCGCAAGAGCUCCCAACAGGACCUGACAAAAUUAAUGCUCUGAAAUUUUGUCUUCGUUUGGCUGAAAAGUGGAAAAAGAACACAUCUCCCAAGGAGGAAGCAUAUGAUAAAGCUGAAGUUUUGAUAAAGAAGCUUACUUUGCAAUACCAGAGAUCAGCUACAGAGAAUGUUUUGAUCACGCACAAGUUGAACACUUCUGAAUUGUUGAAACAGAUAGGAAAACCAGCUAACCUUGUUGUUUCUCUGUAUGAACACAGCAGUGUGGAGCAAAGAAUUAGAAAACCUACAGGCAGAGAUUAUCCAGAUAUUCACACCGCAGCUAAACACAUAUCUGAAGUGAACAACUUGAACAUGAAUAAAAUCCGUGAUGUACUCUUAGAGAAGUGGCUUUGUCCAACGUCUCUACCUCAAGAAAAUAAGGAGAAAGAUGGGUUUGGAGACAUACAAGGUGACGAAGACCUCAGAAGAGUUGUAUAUCUCCUUCAACCAUACCCAGUGGAUUACAGUGCACGACUGCUGUAUGCAAUUGCAAUGUCUUCUACAUCUCCCAUUGGUGUUAAUCAGUUGACAUUUGCUCAUAGAAGCCGAGCACUUCAAUGUUUGAUCCAUUUGGCUGACACUGAAACUGUGGUAGCACUUGUCAAAAAACCUAUUGACCAACUAAAGUAUUACCUUAAAUGUUGUGUCUAUCUAUCUGAGUUUGAAGUUCUAAAUAUUCCAUACACAUUUGAGUCCUUCCAUAGUAGUCCAAAGGAGGGGAUGAUUAAAGGUCUGUGGAAAAACCACAGCCAUGAACCUAGGGCUGUGCGCUUGGUAACAGAACUGAGUUUAGAAUACCAAGUUUAUGAUCCUCAACUUUGGAGCGGUUUACUUCAAAAACUACUUGGCUUUAAUAUGAUAAACUACCUAAGAAAAGUUUUGGUAGCAAUCACUGGAGUGUAUAGCCUCUGGGAGAUACCGAACUUCAGCAGAGCAUGGAGAAGUGUUAUUUUGUCACCUUUCAUUUCUGCUUCGUGCCCUCCCAGCCCUUCUCAGAUAGAAGCUUGUUAUGAGUGCUUUGUAAUUCUUCUCAAAUGUCCAGUUCUAACUGAUCUUGAUCUUGUUGGAAUUGCCAAGCAGUACGCACUAAUUGAUUUACCUGCUUUUACAUUGGGGUGUCUCUUAUUAAUCCCUCAAGUAGAGAAAAGAGAACAGCAAAUUCAGGGUUUCCUGUCUACUUGUAGUCCACAGACUGUUCUACAACAAGUGGAAGAUUAUAUGAACACUGGUGAAGUGGCAGGCUUUUCAUCUCGGAUUAGUGACUUGAUUUUGGACAGCAUAAUUCAGAAGCAACAGUUUGACAAAUUUGUGAAGACCAAAUUUUUCAGUUCAUUGAAGCUGCAAGUGAUUCGUUCCAACAGAGUGAGAGAACUGGCAGAUUAUCUUGUAAACUGCAAUUGCCUAGAUGAAGCAGCUGACCUUAUAUCAGAGCAUCUGAAGAGGAGUGGAAAACCUUUACCAAGGAACAUAACUUCUGGUGAGAUUGUAAAGGCAUAUUUGGAUGGACAAGCAUAGAUUCUGACAAGAAAAAUGAAGUUCAAUGUUAAGGAAAUAGGAAUCUUCCCAUGGAAAGAUAGUAGAAAUGUUAUCAAGAAUAUAUGGAUAUAUUUUAUUCUCUUUAGACAUUGCACUUAAUAUUGAAGUGUCUGUCUUUUUACUUAUGCUUAUUUAAUAAAACUAUGCAUGCAGCUUUCUAGCCUACUAAAUAAAGUGUAUCUCAAUAAA